ACAGAGCGAGCUCCCUUUGCAACCGAGCAGUCCGGCCGCCACGAUGCCUUUCGGCUCCAGGCUGUAUUUGGUCCUGCAGGCUCUCGCCCUCCUUCCCCUGCGGACCGAGGGGGCGUCCCCCGCGGACGAAGUUCAAAUCGAAGUCGUACACGUCCCCGAAAACUGCCAGUCCAAGAGCAAGAAGGGGGAUCUGCUGAAUGCCCACUAUGACGGGUACCUGGCCAGCGAUAAAUCCAAGUUUUAUUGCAGUCGAACACAAAAUGAUGGCCAUCCAAAAUGGUUUGUCCUUGGUGUUGGACAAGUAAUUAAAGGCUUAGAUAUUGCAAUGCUGAAUAUGUGCCCUGGAGAGAAACGGAAAGUGCUUAUUCCUCCUUCCCUGGCCUAUGGAGAGCAUGGAUAUGAACCAGCAAAGAUUCCACCGAAUGCGACGUUGAUCUUUGAGAUUGAACUGUAUGCAGUAACUCAAGGGCCUCGCAGUGUUGAAGCAUUUUCUAAAAUAGACGCGGAUAAUGACAAAAAGCUUUCGAAACAUGAGAUAAACCAUUAUUUGAAGAAAGAAUUUGAAAGAGAUGGCAAGAAACGCGACCCGUCGCUUCAUGAGGAUAUUUUGGUCGAUAUAUUUAAAAAGAACGACCAUGAUGGAGAUGGCUUCAUUUCUGCCAAAGAAUACAAUGUCUACCAACAUGAUGAGCUAUAACAGAGCAUGUGGCUAAAGGGUCUGAGUGUUGCUUUAUGGACAUCUGGCGUUCCCUCCCCUAUGCCUGGGGGGCUUCCACAAAUACUUCCCCAAUCCUCACUUCAGCAAGAUGCUGGCUGCUCCCAGAAUGCUGCCUAAUCUGUUGAACCCGACAUGAAAUUCUGCUUGCAGAGGAGCCCUGAGUACAACAUCAUCAUGAAGAUGGAGCUGUGAAUCUGGUACUAGAUCUGUAAACCAAGAAAACCACUUUGUAUGCCUCAGCCCAUUGAUUUCCCUGGGACUUACGCAUUAAGAGAUUUCAGGCAUACAUUUUGAAAUGGAAGUCAUGUUUUUUUAUGUCACAUGCCACACAUUUUGUAUACCUUUGUUGUGGUAGGUUUUUAUACUUUUUUUAAAAAUCAAGACUAAAAUUAGUUACAUUCCAAUAAUCAAGUGCAAAAGAAAUAAAAUGUGACAACGGGGAGCACAUGAUUCAUAA